UAGUCAGUUCAAUUGUAACAAAUAAAUUUGAUUUUAAACAUUUUUGGCCAUGUGUAAAAGAAAUUGUAGUAGUUGCCGCAAACCGCCGCCAGGAUGUGCCCGCUGCUGUGCCCCAUCUGUGGUGAAUUGCAUUUUCGAUCUAGAAAGCGCAGUGUUUGACACACGUCACAUUUAUCAACGCGCCUGCAUCGAAUUGGUUGCCAGCUAUAAUCGCACAAUACCGGAAGCUCUUCUGAUGCGAAUAGCAGCCAUGGAAACCCAGGAGAUGGCCGAAUUGAUUUGCCACAAAUGUAAAAUCCCAUUGUCGUGGGAAAUGUUUCUAUUAUUGGUCAAUGAACGCGCCGCCGAAAUGAUAGCAAAUCCUCCACUAAUGAACGGUGUGGAGAAACUACUGCGGCAUCUUGAUAAAUGUUGCAUACGCAUGGCCCUCGUGACCUCGUGUCCAAGUGAGCUCUUUUUGAAAAAGAUACGUGGCCAGGAGGAGCUCUUCGAGCUCUUUUGUACCAUAUUGUGUGCAGAUGAUCCCGAUUUGGUCAAUUCGUUGCCCAAACCAGAACCAGACAUCCUCUUGAAGGCCAUGCAUCAUCUGGGCGAGGCCACUAGAGAUUCCACUUUAGUCUUCGAUGGCAGUCUUAAGGGUCUGCAGGCAGCUAACGAUGCUCGCUUGCCUGUGAUCAUGCCAGCCGAAAGGGAUUUGCCUUGUUGCUGGUCUGAGUUGGCUACAAAGCGUCUAGAGACGCUCGAAGAAUUUCAACCCGAGGAGUUUGGCAUACCACCCUACAAAUGCGAUGAGCCACCACCAAGUCCUGUAAAGAAAACCAAGCAACGCAAAAGUAAGCAGACAAAGGGUCCAAGACGAAACUCGGUGAAGUCAGUAAAAGAUGAAGCCUCAGAAGCCAACGAAGAACAAGCAGGGGAAGAAGAGCAAGAAUAAAUCCGAGUAACUGAAAUUCUCUUCUUCUUAUUUGAACUGUGAUUUCAUAUCUAUAGCAAAAAUCGUCUGCAGAUCUGCUUACUUUGUAUCCCUAUAUUUCGUUUCAUUAAAAUUUUCGGUAUUGUACUUUAAA